AUGAAGCAGGAGCAGCACGAGGUAGCGAGCACGGACAACGUGCUUCUGUGCGUCAAGACAUGGCCGGCGCGGCCGAGCUUCGACGGGGACAACGAGCAGCAGCAGAAGCAGGCGCUGCUGGCGGUGAUCGUGCAUCCCUACUCGCGCAUGGGCGGCUCGCAGUUCGUUACGCAGGGGCUGGCCGAGUACCUGUGUCUGCGCGGGUUUAACGUGGUGACGUUCGACCUGCGGGGCGCGGGCAAGUCGACGGGGCACGCGUCGUUUACGGGCGAGCCCGAGGUGGCAGACGUGAUGGCCGUGUGCCGCUGGGCGAGCGAGAAGUACGGCCAGCGCAUAUUGCUGGUGGGGUCGUCCGCAGGAGCGCCCAUUGCGGGUUCAGCCCUGCCACACUGCCCACAGGUCGACCUGUACGUGGGCGUGGGCUACACAUUCGGCUUCUUCUCCUCGCUCGUCUUCGGCUCGCACUACGCCAAUGUGCUCACCUGGCCGGGCCCCAAGCUCUUCAUCAUGGGCGCCAAGGACGGGUUCACGAGCACCAAGACGCUCGAGACGAAGGCGGGGAAGGCGGUGGGCGUGGCGAAGGUGAGCAUUGUGGAGGACGUGGGGCACUUUGGGCUCGAGGGCCCUGCGUAUGACGAGGAGGUGGCCAAGCGCGUGGUGGAGUUUGUGGCUGAGCAGGCCAGUGCUGGUGCUGGUGGUGAUGGUGGGGAGGAGGGGAUCAAGGAGAGUGAUAGCUAG